AUAUGACCAAUUGGAUCGAGAAAUAUUUUCAUCAAAUGCUUGAUGAAUUUGAUGGUCCUUUAUUAAAAAAUAUGAAGAUAAUAAAUGCAUCUAGCGAUGUGAUGAAGAGCAAAAUAACUAUCCAAUCAAAUCAUUUGAAUCAUAUGAAAACAGCACAUGGUGAAAUACUCAUGAUAUUGGUUGAUGUGUGUGGAUCUCUCGUGAUAGCUUCAAAAGGAUUAAAUUAUUCCUCUGGUGUUAGUACAAAUAUCAAUAUUUUGUUUACAAAUCCUGCAAAAGAAGAAGAUGUUUUACUCAUAGAAGCAGAAUGUAUAGGAUUUGCUGAUAUAAAAAUAUACAACAAAGAUAUCAGAAAACUAAUAGCUCAAGAUCAACAUGUUAAAUAUAUUGCGAUC